GCAAGUCUCGAGCGGAGCGAAUAUCUUGAGCACACACAAAUAUCGAGCAGAGGCAAAGAUUGAAGAGUCAGGCCAGCAGAUGAAACGACUGUUAAUUAAAAUUCAAUUGCAUUAUUAAGUAUCUAUACAGUAUACACAUAUAGUCGCAACGGAGUGUGCGAAACGGAACCGCAAAGCUCAGAAUCCCAUGACGCCAUAUUUGUUUUUUCAACCUGAUUGAACGUCCCGUGUUCGUGUGAGAAGUGUCUGUGAAUGCCAGUCGAGAAUCAUCUCGAGGCGGAAACGAAAAGAUUCUGUGUGAAACGAAAUUCAAAAUUCAUUUAAAUAAGUGAAGCUCAAAACAACGAAAAUUCUAAAAAAAAAAAAACCAAGAAAGAAAAAACAACAACAAAAAGAAACAAAGCCCCGUCAACUUUUGUGGAGUGUGCGCGUGUUUCUUUUCGCUGAUAUUAUGGUUGGAAGAGUGUGUGUGUGUGAUGUUGCAAGUGUAUGCGUGUUUUGUUAGUGAAUGCGACUGGCAGUGUAAAAAAUAUCCGCUUACCUAAGCGUACAAAUUCUCUCGCAAAGGCUUAAGAACCACACUUGAAUACAGCACAAAACACACACAUAUACAUACAAAUAUAGACACGCACACACUGGCGCAUACCUGUGUGUGUUUGUACGUGGCUAACAUAUAAAGCAAAACCAGAAAAUCCACAUUGUUCGGUCUCGGUACGCGCCUACGUUGCCUACGCUACGUAAAGAACGCGCAUAACGUAAGACGUUUUGUUUUGUUAUUGUUGGUGUUGUUGCUGUUCCUGUUGCUGUUCCUGUUGCUGUUACUGUCACAAUGGGCGACUCCACGCCCAUUUGCCGCUGCCGGGUACUCUAUCUGGGCAGUGCUGUGCCGCGCCAGAGUAAGGAUGGCCUGCAGGGUAUACAGGAGCCGCUGCGCAGCCUCUAUCCCUCAGAGGGCGCUGUGGGCGCCAAGGGCAUCGAUAGCUGGCUGAGCGUCUGGUCGAACGGCAUACUGUUGGAGAAUGUGGACGAGAAUCUGAAGCAGAUCACACGCUUCUUUCCCAUCGAGUCGCUGCACUAUUGCGCCGCCGUGCGUCAAGUGCUUAUACCGGAGCGCGGCAAUGCUCAUCCGGAGCCAAAGUUUCUGCCGCUGGAUUCGCCAUUUGCGCGCAUGCCACGCGCCCAGCACCCGCCCAUCUUUGCAGCCAUACUGCGUCGCACCACUGGCAUCAAGGUGCUCGAGUGCCACGUCUUUAUUUGCAAACGCGAGGCGGCGGCCAACGCUCUAGUCAGAUGCUGUUUCCAUGCCUAUGCUGACAACUCAUAUGCACGCCAGCUGGAGACAGGCAGCACAGUUGGGGGCGGCAGCAGCGUCUAUGGCACGCUUAAGAGCGGAGCCGGCAGCAAGUCCAAUGGCGACCUCACCAGCGUUGGCUUGACCAACGGCCAUGGUAACGGUCACCAUCAUCUGGCCGGGCAGGGCGGCUGGAGAUCUCGCGCCGGCAGCACCACAACGUUAAACAGCCUGGGACGCACAUCCAACGGACAUGUGCUCAAUGGUUCUGGUCUGGGCAUGAAUGGAGGCAGCACUGGCAGCGCUGCCGAGGGCUACACAUCAGUCAAGAAUUUUUAUGGUAGCAGUGCCGACCUGAACGUCACUGUGGAUGAUGGCGAGGCCUCAGUGUACAAUGGCGAUGAGAAUCACAAGGUGUGGAGCGGCUCACAGGAUCAGCUGGACAGCAUAGGUGCCGUAGAGAGUCCCUAUGAGCUGUUCGCCGGCAACAGCUCUACGCUGGGCAGGCCAUUGCGAGCGCGUCAGAUAAGCGCACCCAUAGACGUGCCACCGCCGCCUGUUAAGGAGGAGCGCAAGACGAAGCGCGAUAAGAAGUCAUCAAAGUCAAGCGGCAGCCAGAGCUUGUCGGGCACACUAAUCAGACCAAAGCCCAUGCAUCCGGCGGCGGCGCUGCAUCGCUCACAAUUGCACGCCGGACCAGGUCCGGGUCCCGGACCAGCCAGCGUCAUCUAUGGUCCUGUGUCCGGGCCGCAUGCCGCACGCCAAUAUCACACAAUUAGUCAUCGCGGUUUUCCGCCCGGUCCGCCGCCUCAUCAUUCACAUCCACACGCACAUCCGCAUCCGCAUCCGCAUCAGCAUCAGCACCACAUGAUGCAAAUGCAUCAUGCACAGCAUUUGGGUGGCAUGCCCCCGCUGCAGAUACCCAUGAUGAUGCCGCCGCAGCAGUACGCGACGCUGCAGCCCUCGCGCUCGACCAGCAAAAAGAAGAAGAAGGACAAGAAGAAUGGCGGCGUUGGCGUGCCCGUGGGCAUGCCCAUUGUGCCGCCCAUCUACGCUUAUCAGCAGGCAAUGGGCGGUGUGCCGCCACCACCAAUGGCACAGUCAAUGAUCGGCGAGCCGCGUCCACUGAGCAUGUCCAGCCGCAAGAUGGCCGCGUCCAUGGGCAACGGCCUGGACGACUCUGGCAACUCGGGCGCCGAGUCACCAUCACCGGGCGGCACGGGUAUCUAUCGGCGCAAGGGUCACCUCAACGAGCGCGCCUUUAGCUACUCAAUACGCCAGGAGCAUCGCAGUCGCAGUCACGGCUCAUUGGCCAGCCUACAGUUCAAUCCCCCGGACAUGAAGAAGGAGCGCGAAAUAGCCCAAAUGGUGGCUGGCCUGGACCUAAACGAUGGCGAGCGCAGGCAAAUGGCGCCAGGUCCGGCCACGCUGCAGCGCAAACAAGCUGCCAUGGCGAACGGAGGACCAGGUCCAGCACAUCCACAUGCUCAUCCCCAGCAUCCGCAUGCGAUAUAUGGCCCACUGGGUCCCGCAAGUAGUUUCGGCAAGCCGCGCAGAUAAGUUGGCAAGUGAUUUGAGCUUAAGCCAAGCUAUUCCGCAUUAGGAACGCUGUCAUCUGAAUGAGUACACCCGAAUUGGACUAAGAGAACUAUAUAUACAUAUAAAUAUAUAUAGAAUAUUACAACAUUAUAGCGAUGCUGGUCAAUUUAGAAAUGGAAACGAAUCAAUUAUAAAAUUUAAAAGCGACCAAGCUGGGCUCCAGCGACAGACUUUAAUCAAAUUGGGUAACCAAAAUUAGAAUUGAUAUUGAAUCGAAAUCUAAAUCGAUAUCGAAAUCGAAAUCAAAUCAAUUAUCUACAAUGAAUAUGUGUGCCUUAUUAGGUUUAUACUUUAAGUAUAUAUUUUUAAACAUGAAAAUUCCUUUGCCCAUAACCAGACAAAAGCAAAGACAACAUAUAAUCGAUUAUAAUAAAUAAUGUAGAAUAAAAUAAUACACUACAACACUUGACAACGUGGAAAACAAGUGCGUCAAACAAGUUGUUUCCUUGUUCUUAUUUUCGAGCACAAAUGUAAAAUAUCUUUUCGAAUGAAUGGAGUGUUAAGGAAGAGCUAAAAAAGGCACUUACGAGUAGACAUAAAAAACAUACCUACAAAACAUAUCUUUCAUUCUGUCCAUAUUAGCAUCUUAAGGCGCAGAUGUAUUAGAUAUGCAUAUGUGUGUGUAAACAUAAUUGCAAAAAUAUGUACAAUAA